AAGGCCCCUGCUGCUGACGGGCGCGACGGCGCCGCUCGUCGUUUCUAUAUACAGCGUCGAGCCAGCCAGCCAGCGACCACCCCGCCGACCAGUUCUCACCGCACGCGACGCGAACCCCCGUCCCCGUCCCCGUCCCCGUCCCCGUCCCCGGCCUCACCUUCCAGUCCCACCUCGAGCCGUCACAUCGCACCGCAUCGCCCGCGCUGGCGCGCAGACGCACGGCAGCAAGAACCCGAGCCCCCGGACACCUGACGGGCGCGUGGGGAGACGCCAGGAGAGGCCCGAGGAAUGGCGAGCGCGGCGGCGCGGAAGAAGCGGGUGGGGAGGUACGAGGUGGGGCGCACCAUCGGGCAGGGCACCUUCGCCAAGGUCAAGUUCGCCGUCGACGCCGAGACCGGCGCCGCCGUCGCCAUGAAGGUGCUCGACAAGGAGACCAUCCUAUCCCACCGCAUGCUCCACCAGAUCAAAAGGGAAAUAUCAAUAAUGAAGAUCGUAAGACAUCCCAACAUAGUUAGGCUUAAUGAGGUGUUGGCUGGGAAGACAAAGAUAUACAUAAUCUUGGAACUUAUCACUGGAGGUGAACUGUUUGAUAGAAUUGCCCACCAUGGGAAGCUUCGUGAGAAUGAAGCCGGCAAGUACUUCCAGCAGCUUAUUGAUGCCAUUGAUUAUUGCCACAGUAAAGGAGUUUAUCAUAGGGAUUUGAAGCCUGAGAAUCUGCUUCUUGAUGCACGUGGAAACUUAAAAGUUUCUGAUUUUGGACUUAGCACACUGUCUCAGAAUGUAAGUUUUGUAAUUUCUAUUCUUCUGCUGCCGACUUAUAUUAUUGUGCUGAUAAGGAGCUUCCCCCAGGGAGUAGGCCUUCUUCACACAAAAUGUGGAACCCCAAAUUAUGUUGCUCCUGAGGUGCUAGGCAGCAAUGGAUAUGACGGAUCAGCAGCAGAUAUUUGGUCAUGUGGUGUUAUUCUCUAUGUUUUAAUGGCUGGUUACCUUCCCUUUGAGGAAAAUGACCUUCCAAGCUUGUAUGAAAAGAUAACUGCAGCUCAGUAUUCAUGUCCAUAUUGGUUCUCUCCAGGAGCCAGCUCAUUGAUUCAGAGAAUACUUGAUCCAAAUCCAAAAACUCGUAUCACUAUUGAAGAAAUAAGGGCUGACCCAUGGUUUAAGAAGAACUAUGUAGCUAUUAGGCGUGGUGAAGAUGAAAAUGUCAGCCUGGAUGAUGUUCAGGCAGUUUUUGACAAUAUUGAGGACAAGUAUGUAUCUGAGGAGGUAACUCACAAGGAUGGUGGUCCUCUUAUGAUGAAUGCCUUUGAGAUGAUUACACUAUCUCAAGGUUUGGAUCUCUCAGCAUUGUUUGAUAGGCAACAGGAGUUUGUGAAGCGCCAGACCCGUUUUGUCUCGAGAAAACCAGCUAUGACUAUAGUAGCUACGAUCGAAGUUGUUGCUGAGUCUAUGGGUCUCAAGGUCCAUUCCCAGAAUUACAAGCUACGGCUCGAAGGCACAUCACCAAACAGGAUGGGCCAAUUUGCUGUUGUUCUGGAGAUUUUUGAAGUUGCUCCUUCUCUGUACAUGGUUGAUGUUCGAAAGGUUGCUGGUGAAACUCUGGAAUACCACAGGUUCUACAAGAACUUAUGCAGCAAACUCGACAGCAUAAUCUGGAGGCCAAUCGAAGUUUCUGCGAAAUCCACACUGCUGAGGACGACCACGAGAUGUGUACCAUAGCUGUGUCUUUAGUAGAUCAGACGAGGCAGCUUGCAUCACCGGAUGUUCGUAUUGUAGUGAUGCUAGUGUAGAUAGUCUGUAUAGUGCCAGUUGUGCAGCCUGUACGUAAUAUGGACCUGGAUUCCCGUUAGAAUCAAUUCCUUGUGUAUGCAUCCAGGAAAUAAGCUGGCUCAUGUGCUCAUGCCUAAUCUUGUAAAUGCAUGCUUGAAAGAUCCAAAGAUCAUCUGAUCUGUUGAAGGGCAUCAAAAGAUUCUCCAGACUGA